AUGCUCGUCUAUCUCGUCAGGAAGAGCGUAGCUUUCGUCGACGGUCCAGCGGACGACAACGUGCCACCACACUCGUCGCUGGAGCCGCUGUUGCGCUACGUUGAUCCCGAUUCUCGGCAAGAAAUCAGCAAGUUUCGCUUCUUGCGAGAUGCCCGCCGGUGUCUGCUUGGCCGGCUGCUAGCUCGCUACGCUGCGCUUGCUCAGCUUGACGGAUCCGAUCUCUCUUGGUCAAGCCUUCGAUUUGGCCGCAGACACCGAGGAAAGCCCUACAUCGUCAAUCUCCCGAACGGCAUCUCGUACGACUACAGCAUCUCGCACGACGCGGAUCUCGUCGUCCUGGCUGCCGCAGCGGGCACUUCCGAUGCAUCUAAACAGAUCGGUGCAGAUGUGAUGCGGAUCGCGGUGCCCUGGGAAGGCGGAAGUACGGACAAGUUGGUCGAGACGAUGCGGGAUCAGCUCGACCCGCGCGAGCUCCGGCAAAUACAAUCAGUAGCAUCAGAGGACGUCCGACUGGCCCUCGCCCUCGCUUUCUGGACGCUGAAGGAGGCGUACAUCAAGGCGAUCGGCCAAGGCUUGCACUUCGACCUGCGGCGCUUGCGCUUCGAUCUUAUUGGAGCUGAGGAUGCUCAAGCUGCCGGCUCGCCGCGCGGACUUGCAGGACGAGCGUUCGUGGACCGGACGGAGGCGGUCGGUUGGCGUUUCAGGCUCGUGAAGCUGGCAGGACAUGCGGGAGAAGAGGACUACUGGCUAGGCUUGGCAUGGCAAGGUGCGGACGGCAAGGGUGAGGUUGAUUUGCAGACCGAGAGACAGCCGGACUGGCUCGUAGAAGUUUCUCCCAAGCAGCUCCUUGCGAAGGCAGAAAUCGUCGACUAG